CGGCAGCGGUCACGGGCAUCGGCUUUUACUUUUUCGUUAAUCCUAUUCAUGCUAACGAGGCCGAGGAAGGUCUCCAUCCACCAGAGUAUCCUUGGUCUCAUAAAGGUCCGUUUAGUACUUUUGAUCAUGCCAGGUCUACAGAGAAGUUUGUUCCGCAUGAAGUAAAAGCAAUGGCCGAAGAAGUGGAAUACACGGACGGACCAAACGACCAAGGUGAAUAUUUCCAACGACCUGGAAGGCUUUCUGAUUAUAUGCCACGUCCGUAUCCUAACGACGAAGCUGCUCGUGCGAACAAUGCUGGAGCUCUUCCCCCCGACCUUUCUUUAAUGGUUAAGGCACGCCAUGGCGGUGCUGAUUAUUUAUUUUCGAUUUUAACUGGUUAUAUGGAAGCGCCAGCUGGUGUCGAAAUUCGCGAUGGUUUAUACUAUAAUCCCUAUUUCCCUGGUGGUGCAAUUUCCAUGGCAAGGGCUUUAUUUGACGGAUUAGUCGAAUACGAAGAUGGUACUCCUGCAACUACAUCUCAGAUGGCCAAGGAUGUUACAACAUUUCUUUCAUGGGCUGCGGAGCCUGAACACGAUGAUCGUAAAAAAAUGGGAGUCAAAGCAAUUAUCAUCAUAUCAAUUUUGACCGCUUUUUCG